UGCUAACACAUUUAGCCUAACCAAAAACGUAACAUUUUAAUGUUCUAAGUAAUGGAAUCCAAACCCUACAUUUUGUAUACAUGGAAACUCUAUUUACUUGUAAUCUUAAUAGGGUUCCUAGUCUUUUUUCUAUAUGUUGACAAUGCUCAACAAAUUAUGAGUUAUUAUUCAUCAGCUACAAAUGAUAUGGUAACUCGUUUCAAAUCAAUUCCUUCAAUUAUUUCGAUUAACCCUUCGAACUUCACCCUUAAUGAUAUGGAAAAGAUGAAAACCGAAAGCCGAAAGAAGUGCAAUAUGUUUGAGGGGAGAUGGGUUUAUAACCCUGAAGAAAUUCCUAGCUAUGAAUCAGUAAGGUGUCCAUUCGUCGAGGAGAAGAUGAGCUGCAAAAAUAACGGGAGGCCGGAUUUGGAGUACCAAAAAUGGAGAUGGCAAGCUCGUGAUUGUGAUAUACCAUUGUUUAAUGGAACAUAUAUGCUUGAAAGACUAAGGAACAAGAGGAUGAUCUUAGUAGGCGAUUCGCUAAAUCGAAACAUGUGGCAAUCUCUUGCUUGCCUUCUCUACUUCUCCGUUCCUUCCACGGCAGCCAAGGUGCAGGAAAAAAGGAAUUACAAGACAAUAUGGAAGGCAAAGGAAUAUAACUUCACUCUAGAGUUUUAUUGGAGUCCAUUUCUCGUUGAACUCAAAGAUAACCAUGAAAGUGGGAAAAAGGUUCUUGUGCUUGAUAAUAUUUCGACUAAUUCAAAGAAGUGGAUCGGAGCAGAUAUUAUGGUAUUCAACUCAGGGCAUUGGUGGGACCAACGCGGAAGAUUUAAAGCAUGGGAGUUAUUCGAAUACAAGGGAAAGUUAAUGAAGGGUAUGCCGAUAGAGCUAGCUUAUGCACAUGGCCUAAAAACAUGGGCAAGAUGGAUUGAGAAAAAUGUUGAUUCAAAGAAAACAACAGUGUUGUUUAGGAGCAUUUCGGCACCACACAAAUUUCCACAAUAUGAUCAAUGGUGCUAUAACAAGACCCAACUCAUAAUGGAUGAAUCAUACGUACCGGUUUUCCCAAAGUCUAUGGUUAAUGUAGUCGAGAACGUGUUAAGCCUGAUAAGUAAAAUACAGGUGAAGUACUUGAACAUAACUAAGUUGACCGAGUACAGAAUUGAUGCACAUCCAUCCUUGUACAGGUUCAAAGACCUAAAUACCCUUACUGAAAAGUAUGAUAAUAAUCUCAAGAAUUAUGCAGAUUGUACACAUUGGUGCCUUCCUGGAGUUCCGGAUACUUGGAAUAGGUUAUUGUAUGCAUUGAUAUUUUUUGAUACUCUAUGAGAUACGACUGAUUAAUAGGAGUCCUGGACUCCUGUUGAUUUAUGAGAUCUAGAUGUGAUGGGGAUACUGAUUAAUUCGGAGGCAAUGUUUUUUUUUUUUUUUUUUUUUUUUUUUAUUUUUUUUUUUUUUUUGACGUGAGGUUAUUAAUACGCCAACAAACUAAACAAUAAAAUUAAAUGACGAUAAGCUAUGAUUUUCCGUGUUAGCGAGAAGAUGAUCCCUUUCAACUCAGUCCCUCGGAAAUUGUGUAUAAUACACCAAUCAAAAGUCGUACCUAGUUGUCGAAUUUUAUCCACUGUUCACCUGAGGCUGACAUCUUCGCCACCGUUUCCCCUAAGAAUCCAAACCACAGAUGCCGAGUCUGCGUAUAUGAUGAUGAUGCUGAGGAAAUGUUAUAUUGGGGACUUAAUUUUUUAAGUUUGAUAGUUGGUACAAGCUAAAGGUAACAUAAUACUCCGUACUAGGUAGAAUUAUUCUGAUGUUUGUAUUUAAUACUAAAGUUCAUGAUUCUAAACAAUGAAUUCAAAGGUUCGAUUAACAAUGUCAUACACUAAUAUAAUAUUCAGACAUUUUAAA